GUGGAAAACUUCUACCGCGCUUCCACUAGCAGUUGUGCCGGCGGAACUCGAUAAAAAAAUGCUUACGUCAGCGGCACAAAAAUAUUAAAAGUUCGACCCUUGUGCCCCCUCGGGUCGAACUCCUAUUUUUCUGUGCCGGGCAACCACGUGGUUGAACUGGCCACUCACAGCCCGAGGUGCUAGAUUCUGGCGCGCCAGGGCUGCAAGUUGCAACGUAGUGAUGACUGUGCACAGGAGGCAAGCACAGCAGCUGUAGGAUAGCCUGUAGGGUACCUAGCUGGUCUUUUGCCUGCUCGGGGUUUAGGGUUUUGCAUGCCAGCGUGGCAAUUCCCGAUUUUGUACCAGGACUUGUGCCGUGGUGUGAUUUCACUUGCGGCCGGCACAACUUCACGCUUUUCGCUUUUUUGGGCACUUCCGGGCAAGUUCCGGGCAAAAAAGGAUUUAUUAAUUGUUGUGCCGUCCGCCGCCAAUGAGAACAGAGCAUGAGUCAGCAUAGGACUUACAUUAUGCUAAACUGCAUUUCCUUUUUUGGCUACACCAGGAGAACUCAUCAAAGAACAGGUUUUCGGACGUGGUUGCCCUGUUGGCUGCCGGCUGCUGGCUGCUGCCAUCAAUCAACGCCUCUAGCUGGGAGAACACCCCAAUGAAGCAAGCUAGAUACACUUAGCGACAGAAACAAGGCUAUUUCUGAUGUAGGCCUAGGCAGACAUGAUUUCAAAGCAAAGAUCAGUCCUCUUACUUUUUCACCACCUUUCCGCGGCAUUAGACUGACACCAGUGUUUUUUAGUCCAUUCUACAUGAUAAUUAAAUUCAGAUUCAAUGGACAGAGAUCAGCCGUAUGACAGGUCAACCAACAGGCGCAGCAGAAUGGACGCACUGCCGUUUGGCCAUGCGAAGUGUUGGUCAGACGCUAGGCUCCUUCGCUUGGGUAUCAUGGUUCUGCUGGCAAGUCUGCUGGCCGGUACCACGACCAUCACAUUCCACUUCACAUGCGCCGCCUCCUCGACCUACUUUUCGAGCCUGGUGCACUCCUACCAAGGAGAGAUCCUUCUGCAUAUUUCCAGUAGCGUCUCUCAGCUGCUGGACACGGCAGAACCAUGCGGCACAAGCUUUGCGCAGUAUCUUGACCUGAUUUACAGCCCAGGCCUCAACCUGACAGUAGAUCAAAAACAGGAUCUUACAGCAUCCUCCCUGAGAAAGACGUUUCAGAGCUGCAACACAGUCUCUGGCCUGGGACUCACCACGGAGGAGGGGCCCUACAUGGUUGUCAAUUCCGUUGACAAUGCAACGAGCCCCUAUGCUAAUACAAGACUGCUGUGGACCUUUGCAAACCAGACCCUGCCCAAGGGCCAGGCUCCCCCACGCUAUGUAACGUAUGUAUCUCCAGCUGAUGGAAGCUUCGUUGCUAACGUCACUCCUGACGUCCCUGUCGACAUCCGCAGCCGGCCUUUCUACCAAAGAGCAUUGAAUAGCCCUGAUGGAUUAGCGGUCCAGAUACUUGUCGGGGCAACACGGCAGCCUCUUCUGGUCGUUGCCAAGCGUUACACGCUGCCUGGAUCCAACACGGUUCUUGGGGUUGUUUCCAGUGCGCUGUAUCUGACAGCCAUCGGAGACUUCGUCGAGGGGCUUGAUCUCAAAGGGGGCAACAUGUUUGUUCUAAACGGGACGACUCUCGUUGCAGCCUUGGUGCACGACUACCGCCAGGCCAAGCAGUUAGGAACACCGACCUUGCUCGAAGCGAGCCAGUCGAGUAGCCCCCUCAUCAGGGAAGUGUUUGCACUCCUCCCCACGCAGUUGCCAGACUGUGACAAAGGCCCGAUACAAGCACGCCUUCAGGGGGGGCGCUACAGCAUCGCGUGUAAAGAUAUAGCUAACACAGGGCUUUCGCUCAAGCUGGUUACGUUUCUUCCAAGGAAGGCCGUCUAUGGGAAGCUUGACGAGCAGCGGCGGGAUGCCACUUACAUCAUCAGCUCAGUGGCAGUUGGCAUCUGUGGGCUGGGUUUUCUUGCUAUUAUGUACCUGACAGACCCUAUAAGUAAGGCCAUGCGGUUGAAGGCGGAGCUGCUUCGGAGUUUCGAGGCGAAGAGGCAGGCCGAGGCGAGGGAAGAGUUCAAGACAAAAUUCUUCGCUAUGACCAGUCACGAUCUACGGACUCCCUUGGCCGCGAUGUUGGGCAUACUGGACAUCAUCUUGGAGUCAGAUUUGGAAGCGGAGCAGUCAGUCCGGGUGGCUCAAGUCAAGGAGUGUACCGUCGGUCUCCUGAACCUGCUCAACGAUAUUCUGGAUUUCAGCAAGAUCCAAGCUGGGCAUCUGCAACUGGAGCACGUGGAAUUCGACCUAAGCAAUCUGCUGGAGUCCUUGGUGGACGUUUUUACAGUACAGUGCACUAUGAAAGGUGUCGAACUCGGUUUGGACAUGCCAGGGCUUAUCCCGCUAGUUCGUGGCGACCCUACGCGCUGUCGCCAGAUCUUCAUGAACCUUCUCAGCAACAGCAUCAAGUUCACAAAGGGGGGCUACAUCAUCAUCCGCUGCUACUUGGAAAACGACAACCAAAGCCCUCGUGACUCUCCUCGCUGGUCCAUCUCGGGCCGAAGCCCCUCCCAUUCCUUAACCUCCCCACUAUCAGUGAGCCCACUGGUUCGUCUGCGGUUCGAACUCGAGGACUCCGGAUGCGGCAUUCCGCCGGAAAAGCGCGCUGUCGUAUUCCAGGAUUACGCCCAGGCGGAAUUGUCCACCACGCGCGAGCACGGGGGAACCGGCCUUGGCUUGGGAAUCGUCAGAAAUCUUGUCGAAAUGAUAGGGGGUUCGAUCGCAAUCGCCGACAAAAUCGGCCCCGGGACGCUCUUCCGCUUCGACCUCGCCUUCGCGGCCGCGCGGCCGCCCCUGCUUUCGCCGCGUAUGACCCCAGGCGAUCCCCCCGUGCACUACAAUGUGGUGCUCGGCAUCCCGAGCUUCCUCACCCGGUCGCUCUCGGCGGCGUCCAUGCGGCGGCACGGCGCGACGGUGGUGGAGGCACUGUGCUGGCUUGACGUCAUCGAAGCGCUGAGCAGUCUUGCGGAGCAUUCGCGGGACCCGGGGCUAGGCACCGGGCGCGCUCUAUUGCAGCACUGGGCGUACGGCGACGCGCACCAACCGGGCCCGACACCAGCCCCGGCGAUCAGAGUCCGGCGCACACAGUCAAUGUUAUUCCGCCAGUUUCCUCCGUUAGCGAAACGACCGCAAGCGGUAGUGGACCUCGAAGCCGGACAAAGCGUGCGCAGCAAGGAUAGGUUCUCUGCGCCAGGGGGCGGCUUGGCGGGAGUGGAGCUACCCCCCAGGCCGCGGUCGCCGCCUGCUGCCGCGAGCUGCAAGGUUGUUGACUGUGCGAUCCUGGCGCUCUCCGUUCUCCCCAAUGACUUGACCAUGGAGGAGUUGGAUGGAUACCUGGCGCAGGUUCAUCAUGCCCUUGGGAACUCUGGAAUUCAGGGCGGGGCGCACCUACCGGUCGCAUGGGUGGUGAAGCCUUCCACACCGGUCUGCGUCUGGGACACGCUGCGAAAGGCGGGUUUCUCGGCGAUUGCCACCGAACCGCUUUACGAAUCCAAGCUGCAGCGUCUGCUGCACACGAUGGCCGGAACGGAACCGUGCCCAACGGCGGAACCGGGAUCCCCCGAGCCGCUUGGCAGCCCGGGAGAGAGCUUCAGGCAAGGAGGCAAGCCGGGGGCCGAGCACUCAGGGCAUUCCGUGGCAGAGGUCGGAGAGGGCGCGGAAUGGGCGGAACGUCGAGGCGUGCGCGCGCGCGUGGGACAAGAUGGACGGGGCGUCUCCCUGGAGGAGGAACCGAAAGUGGAACGGGGGGAUGGAGCAGCGGUUUUGAGCGUCCCCUUCAAGUCCAAAACGGAGGGUUUGAGCCUCCCUUUGAGAGGCCGGACUGUUCUAAUCGCCGAGGAUAAUGUCCUUCUGCGGAAGCUCGCAGUCCAGGCGAUGGCGAAAUUGGAAGGGCUGCGGGCGGCCGAGGACGGGAAAGGAGUAGAUGGGGUGCCGGAGCAAAUCCGGCCGGGACAGAAUGGGGUCGGGAGACCGGUGGGGCAGAGCCAACCGGCCAGGGCGAAAGAGACGGGAGGGCCCGUAGCAGACAAGUGUCGGGGAUGGCUGGUGGGGAGCCAGCUGACGCCGGAGGAGCAAGGAUACGCGGCGUCGGUGGCUGUAUUGCGUUGA